AUACAUGUUCCACUCGGCAGCCAGACUUUUCCCCCUCCACCAUCCCGUACCUUUCCUCUUCCUUCCCGAUCCACUCCUCUCCCACGCUGCUCUCAUACUCUGACCUACCCAAGCCCAAGCUCCAAUCCAUCCAAACCCAACGAGCUCCUAAAAUCUCCUCCCAUACGCCACCGCCGCCGUGCCCUGGAGCUAAGCGUCACCGCCGGCGCCUCACCCACCCAACUCCUUCGCCCCCCACGCGCGUCGCCGCCAUCGCCGCCCUCGUUUCUACCCCGUCGCGUCACCGCUGACUCCACCCCCGCCUGCAUAUCCGACAUCGGUUCUUGAGAUCCGCCCUGGCCUCCUCGGCGGCCGAGAGGAGCCGCUCCGGGCUCGGGUCAGGUUUCCGGUACCUCACCGGAGCCGCCACCGGGUGGUGGGACCGGUGGAUGGUCAUGGGAGCCAGCGGCUCCAAGCUCGAGAAGGCCCUCGGCGACCAGUUCCCUGAAGGCGAGCGCUACUUCGGACUCGAGAACUUUGGCAACACCUGUUACUGCAACAGUGUACUCCAGGCACUUUAUUUCUGCACUCCGUUCAGGGAGCAGUUACUCGAAUAUUAUACGAAUAACAAAAAUCCUGGAGACGCAGAGGAAAACCUUUUGACUUGUUUGGCGGAUCUUUUCAUGCAGGUAAGUCAAUCCAAGAAAAAGACAGGCGUUAUUGCUCCAAAACGUUUUGUCCAAAGAGUGAAGAAACAAAAUGAAUUAUUUCGCAGCUACAUGCACCAGGAUGCUCAUGAGUUCUUAAAUUUUCUCCUGAAUGAGCUUGUUGACAUUCUGGAGAAAGAGUCCAGUGCUGCGAAGGACUCCCCCCAAUCAUCAUCUCCUGAAAAGGUUCCAAAUGGGCCAGUCCAACCAUUGGCCAACGGAGUUAAAAAGGAGCCGCCUGUUACCUUGGUUCAUAAGAAUUUCCAGGGCAUACUGACCAAUGAAACCAAAUGCUUAAGAUGUGAGACAGUAACUGCAAGGGACGAAACGUUUUUUGAUCUGAGUGUUGACAUUGAGCAGAAUAGUUCCAUUACAAGCUGCCUGAAAAAUUUCAGCUCCACUGAGACUUUAAAUGCUGAGGACAAAUUCUUCUGUGACAAAUGCUGCAGUUUGCAAGAAGCACAGAAGAGAAUGAAGAUCAAGAAGGCUCCCCAUAUAUUGGUGAUCCACCUAAAGCGCUUUAAGUACAUUGAGCAGCUUGGGCGGUAUAAGAAGCUUUCAUAUCGGGUUGUAUUCCCCAUGGAGCUGAAGAUGGGCAGUACAUCUGAUGAUGUAGAUACCGAGUAUUCUCUCUUUGCUGUAGUGGUCCAUGUUGGAAGCGGCCCCAACCAUGGCCAUUAUGUUAGCCUCGUUAAAAGCCACAACCACUGGCUGUUCUUCGAUGAUGAAAACGUGGAGAUGGUUGAAGAGUCGACCCUGCAAACAUUCUUCGGUUCUUCGCAUGAGUACUCAGGCAACACAGAUCAUGGAUACAUCUUGUUUUACGAGGGCCUUGGUGGGAAGAGUUUAGGUUGAUUUUCCCGGUUGUUUUUCUUUUCUUUUUUCUUUGGAGCAUGCAAGCUUACUGUUGUAUGUACACAGCUAUUUCAUCACCUCCAUGGUAAAUUGUUAAUCUCAGAGAUUGUGAGUACGAACUGAGGAAAGCCAGAUUUUUUGUGGUUCUA